AUGUGCCACACCAGCUGCUCCACGGGCUGCCAGCCAGCCUCCUGCUCCCCUAGCUCCUGCCAGACGUCCUGCUACGUGCCCGUGAGCUGCAGGCCCGCCCUGUCCGUGAGCUGCAAGCCUGCCGUGUAUGUGGUCCCCUCCUGCCAGUCCUCUGUGUGUGUGCCCGUGAGCUGCAAGCCCCUCGUGCUCAUGGCCUCCUCCUGCCAGUCCUCCGGGGGCUGCCAGCCCUCCCGCCCCACCCUGCUCUACAGACCCGUCUCCUGUAGCACCCCGUCCUGCUUCUGACCGGGAUCCCCCCCAACUGCUCCUAGGGCACAGGGGGCCACAUCUGCGACCCUCCUGGGGCAAGUCUUCAGUGGCCUCUGGGUUCUGCCCAGGCAGAUGAAGAACGUGCCCAGUGGACCCUCAGAAGCCCAUGGCAAGGAUGUGGCAGGAUGACCCAGGCCCCUCUGUGACCCAGCA